AUGGGAAAUGAAAAGCAACAAUCCUUUUCCCCAUUUGCCAAGCACUUCAAUUCUUACUCCCACUUAAGCUAUGCCCUUCAAUCUGUCUUCUUUGUUCUUGGUCUCUCCCUUGGGAUCAUAAUAAGCACAUGCUUGAGAAGCUUAUUCUCUAACUUAGAACCCACCCUUUUCUCUCUUUUACCACCUUCACCACCGCCGCCAUCGGUAGAUCAGCCGCCAGCUCCGCUGUCACCACCGCAAUCAUCGCUGUCUAGCUCUCCGCCAGUGCCGGUUGAGGCGAGGGGAGAUCAGCUGCACAACAUGGAAGAUGAAGAGUUGUUUUGGAGAGCAUCAAUGGUGCCGCAGAUUGGAGAAUUCCCAUAUAAGCGUGUCCCUAAAGUUGCUUUCAUGUUCUUGACAAAAGGACCUAUGCCUUUAGGACCCUUGUGGGAAAUUUUCUUUAAGGGCCAUCAAGGCCUUUACUCCAUAUAUCUUCAUCCCCAUCCUUCAUACAAUCAUUCAGUCCCUCAGGACUCUGUUUUCUACGGAAGAAGGGUUCCAACCAAGGAAGUGAAAUGGGGAACAUCCUCAAUGAUAGAUGCAGAGCGACGACUUUUAGCCAAUGCCCUUCUCGACUUAUCUAACGAAAGAUUCAUUCUUCUUUCAGAAACUUGCAUUCCCUUAUUCAACUUCACAACCAUCUACAACUACCUCAUUAAUACCGAUCAAACUCACGUAGCUUCUUAUGAUGAUCCAAGAAAAGUUGGUCGUGGUCGAUAUAACCUUUUGAUGUCUCCGGAAAUAUCUCUAUCCCAAUGGCGAAAAGGGUCUCAGUGGUUCGAAGUAAAUCGUCGAAUCGCUAUUAAAAUUAUAUCAGACAACAAGUAUUACCCUAUUUUCACACAAUUUUGUCGUCCUCCAUGUUAUAUGGACGAGCACUACAUUCCUACGCUUAUGAAUGUUUUUGGAGUAGUUGAGAAUUCUAACAGGACGAUCACUUGGGUUGAUUGGUCAAAGAGCGGACCCCAUCCGGAAAGAUUUAUCAGGCAGGAUGUGUCGGAAGAGUUCUUGGAUAGGAUCAGGUUUGGGAGCAAUUGCAGCUACAAUGGCAAUGUUACUGAUAUGUGUUUCUUGUUUGCUAGGAAAUUCGUCGCAAAUACUCUGCAGCCUUUGUUAAGGAUUAGAGGUUUAGUAACAUAA